AUGUGUAUAAACCCACCUUCUAAUUAUCAUUUUGAACGUAGCGCUUCUGGCUGUCGCACCUCCCUCCCCCCUGCAUUCCGCGUCCUUUUGACGAUAACGUACAUAUUAUUACAACACUCCAAAUCAAUAACUGGAACGACUAAAGAACCCCCUAGAAUAUUAUAUUUGGUUACUGCUAUUACCCUGUUGUCUAUGAAGAUAUUAUUUGGACUUUUGGCGACGAUAUCGUGCAUUUCAGCCAUCAGCUUGUACCUGAAGAUUGAUGAUGGUGACUACUUGGCGGACUACGAUCAAUCAUAUGAGUAUUAUAAUGAUUUCGAGGAUGAAUUGCCCAGAGCAGAUUAUGCAUUAUUGGAGGAGUUUGAGAAUAUGCUCUUGGAUAGUAGGACCUCUGUAACAGAAGGCUUUACUAAACCAAUUCCGGGGGAUUCACCUCUAGAGAAGUGUGAUCUUGCGGAAGAGCAAAGUUUAGAAAUUCAUUAUAUUGACUUGACACCAAAUCCUCCUGAAAGAGGUGCUAAUUUGACGAUUGAUGCGGAGGGGGUAUUGUACUCUACUGUGGAUGAAGGUUCUUAUGUGAUGGUAGAGGUACGGCUGGGCUAUAUUAAAUUACUGACCCAAACUUUUGACUUGUGUGAGCAAUUGGAAGAAAACGAUUUGGGAUACGAAUGCCCAUUGCUUCCUGGAACGUAUACUAUUAGUGAAACUGUUGAAAUCCCUGUACAGGUGCCUCCAGGGAAAUAUACAGUUCAAGUCAGAGCUUUCACGGGUGAUGAUCAAGAAGUUGCAUGUUUAACGGGUAAUGUAUUAUUCCCUCCAGUGUAA